CCCCAAGGCCAAUCAACCACCAUCCAUCACCGCGGAACAAGAAAAAUCUGCCCACGUUCUGCGCGUCCACCCAGCCCCCUUCUGCUUCUGCCUCUCUCGUAAGAAACUCUCGGCGCAGCCAAGCAACCCGCCAUGGCCAUGGUCGCUUCCACCUCCAUCGCGUACCACAAGCCGCGUCUGGCCGUGGUGUGCAGGAAGAAGGACCGAGGGGACAGGGGGGAGCUGGAGCGGGAGAAGGAGCACAAGCACCCGUUCAAGGUCGUCGAGAUCACGCCGCCGCCCAGAUGCCUCGGCGUCCGCUGCUUCCCCACGAACAUCCACUGCGGCGAGAGCGUGACGAUCGAAGGGCAGGCGUACACGGUGUCGGCGGUGACGCACCGCUACCAGCUGCGCAAAGGGCGGUACGAGCCCAGCGAGAAGCGCCUCGACGUCCUCUCCACCGGCAGAUACAUCCUCAAUCUCUACCUCGACAGCCUCCUCCACAAGUCAUAGCCACUCCUCUUUUAGCUAGCCAGUGCGUACCAAAGUUAGCGAUGAGAAAAUCUUAUGGUACACGUUGGUUGUUGCAUGAAUGAACAAAACACACUAGCUGUAAAUAAAAGGGCCAGCGAUCGCUCGAUCAUGCGUGCGUGCGUGCAUGCGCUGGCUUUAUCGAUCUGACACCUUUUCUCGACGAUCAUAUCAUGGACGAGAUGCUGCUUUUGUUGAAUAUAUAUCCAGUACACUA